AGCACUCCUGCCUCAGGUGGAAAAGUCCUGACCCAUCCCAUCCCAUCUCCAAGACGUGGUUCUUUGCCUGCGAGGGAGCCAGGCUUUCAGAAUCCCACUUCCAAUUGAAUGCGUCUGGAUCCGUUCCCACAAGAACCAGUGUGCUUUGGGGCUGAUUUCCGGCACCUAGGGUUCUGGAAGCCUCCGCACACCAAAGGCCCCCGGGUUUCCCCGUACAUUCAGGAACCACCCAGGCAGAUGCAGUUGCAUUUUGCACCUCCCACAAAUAUGGCAUUGCACCUUCACUCCACACAGAAGCGAUCAGAAGCCACAUAAAUAUUGCCCACCGAAUCCAGAGUUUGAAUCUCUCCAAUUUAACUUCCCCCAAAUGUCUGUCUGUAGUCACUCCUCCCUCAGGAGUUUCACAAAGGACAAGAAACUCAAUUUUAUCUGAGAAGACAGCAGAGGGCCAAGAAAUGACCCUCGCGAGCAGGUAAAGCUGUGAAGAGGCGCAAACGUGAGACUUGAGCGGAAUGCAGGCCUGAUCAUUAAACAGCAACGUUGACGACCGCUGCACACCAGGGUAUUAUUUAAGCCUCACAAAAACCAGUAAGGCGGAUCUUUUUAUUGUCCACACCCCUUUUGACUAGCUCUCGGGGCACGCUACUUAAAGCUACCUAUAAAGCGUGGCUGAUAGCUGGGCUCUGCAGCGUUCGCCCCCGGGAAUUCCGAGGACGAGCUCAGAAUUUCGGUAACGCGCGAAAGCCGCUCUCCGCGCAUGCGCCGCGGGCGUACGUGCCACGCCCCCCGCGGUCUCGGUUCUGUAACUGGGCGUCUUCGCCUGGGGCAUUAGUACCGGCGGCUGGUCGGCGUGGACCUGCCCUGGCCACUGCACAGGAAGGACCAGGGGUCUGAAUGAAGAGUGAGAAGAGCGGCCGGGACCCCGGGAAGCUCGGCGAGCGCAGGAGAAACCGGUCCGUGCAAGGGUUUUCUGCUAACGCUUCCGGCUUCCCCACGUCCCGAGCACUCGGGUUCCGGGAGAGCUCGGGUCCCCCGGUGACUGAUCCGACGCUGGGCGGAAGGCGGUCGCAUCCACAGAAGCUUUGUUAAGAAAGACAAGCAAGCACCAGUAGUGCCAUUUUGCAGUGUGGGACCAGGUUUUUAGAAAGGUGAGUGACUUGUCGGGGGAUCAACAUCCCUAUGGUGGUGGAAGAGUCAGCUUCCUUCUGUUUUGACUCUCAGGAGAAAACCAUACCCACUGUGAACACACACCCAAUGUGAGGAGAUUGACAAGGAGGCUGGAUAUAUGCCUCAGCUCACCUAGAGAGUUUGGACUUGGCAUAGCUCCAUCCCUUUUACCUUUUAUCAUUAAAGAACUAGGGACUUACCCAGACAUAAAUAAAUGUCUAUUGUCCUUUUCUUUGUAUCUGGGAAGAGUUGGGAUAAGACCUAUUCCCAGCUUUGCCUUUCACUACAAAGAAAGCCAGGAGAAGGAAGACAGAAAGGUAACUAAUUCAGCAUUAGAUCUAUAACCCACAUAUAUUAAGGGAUCUUCCUUCUUUUCUGAAAGUUGUGCCAUCUUGCUGAGCAGAGACACAUUUCUCUUUUUGUAGAACUUCCCUUUGUAGGUGAGUCUGCCAAGUUUUGCCUAGUACAGGACUAUUUCCAAUUUGCCUGCUGCCUGCUCUUAAUGUCCUCCACACUCCCUCACUCUACUCUUUCCUAGGCCAUUGAAGAACACAGCCCUAUUGGCCUGUUUCUUGAGUGGUUUCAUCUGAAACAUGGACCGUGGCUCUCAUGUGACUCUGCAUAUUUGAGUCUGUUCAUUCUAGUCUCAUCUCAAGUCUAGGUAGACAGUAUGUGACUCAGAGUUGGGACCUAAAUUAAACUGUAGGAACCAUAGCUUUGGAUCAGAUCAUCAAGUCACACAUCUUUUUACAGUUGAGGGGACAUAAAACCAGAUUGGCUAUUUCCUCCACGUUUUUAUGUAACUAUUAACAGUGCUAUGCCCCAAAUCCAGAUUACUUGGUAAAUGUUUGCACUAUGAGGCCUCUUUCUGAUGCUUCACUGAUUCAUGCCAAGGUUACCACUUACACUGUGGUGGCACUUUAGUGGGGGAGUGGGGGGCACAUUUAAUCCUUAGGUUACAUGGAAAGGGCUUCAACAUGUUUGGGACUCACUGCAACCUCUCAGGGUAGUCCCUCUACCCUGAGCCUCCGUUGCACUGUGGAGUCAAGGUUGGGCUGUUGUCCUGGGGUUAGAGGAAUUUAGUUUCUCAGCCAUUUAGGGGCCUCAGGAAUGGAAAGUGUGACUCAAAUGUUCUUCCUCUGCCUGUUGAAAAGCAGUAAGUGCUGUGAGGUGAGUUUCAGUCCAGGACUUAUCACUUGGCCUUGGGUGUACCUGCUAUACCCCAGUUUUUGAUUUGUGUUAUGGGAAGGAAUAAUAACAGUACCUUCUCAUCAUUGCGCAUUAUGAGUCUGGAUUUGUAAAGUGCUUAGAAAAGACAGGUGCAAAACAAUAGACCCAAAGAAGUCCCUUCGCCAGAGGCUGCACCUCCAAGUUAGAUGCUUUCUCCAGUGGGGCUUCUGUGUGUCUGUCAUAUGUGUCACAUACAGAGACACACACUACGUGAUGCAGUUAUCCAUGUCAUGAGAUUUUUUGCAAUGCAAAAACAACUGCAUUUUGGGACUCUUACACUGUACACUGCAUAUACAUUAAUUGAAUUGUAGAUAAUCUUAUAUCAAAUUGGCACACUUUAGCAAUCAUCAAGAUAUUAAUAAGCAUGAAAGUGAAUCUUAAACUUAAUACUGGCUAUCUCCUAUGAACUCUGUCAUAGUUCUCUCUCUGUUCAGGAUAUUCUGCCUACUUUUAGGUACCUUCUGGUUUAAUGGUUCUAGUGUAUGAAUUCUCAAAGAUCUUCUGAUUUCAGAUCUGCCUGGUUUCCCUUUGCCUCCACAUUUCCUCAACAGUCUCUUCUCCAGGAUGCAAUGUAAUAUGUAAAAAUGUAAUAUUCCAUCAUGUGCAAAAUCCCCAUUGUUCUCCCAUCACCUUUAUGGCAGUGUGGAUGUUCUCAGGUCUUCACAGACUCCAUUUGGGGACAAAGACUUUUGCUUUGGAGGCUUUAGAAGCUUUUCAAAUUACCUACAAAGAGAUGCACCAUUCACCCCUUGGUAACUCUCAGUACUUCAGUUUCACUGCACUAGAGAAGUAUUUCCUUACCCUUCAUACCUACCAUCCCCCUUACAAUUCUGAAAUAAAAUUUGUAAAUCAUAGUAACUACAUAGAGACAUAGGAGAAAGAAAAAGGAAAGUAAUUUAUGAUAGGAUAUGUAUUUCAACAUGUAAAUGACUGAAUGAAAUUGACACUCAUACCUAUUCAUAGAAUCACUGUGAAUGCAACAGCUAGAAAUGCAGACUGAUAUCUGAAUGACAUAUUUAUGAAUCUAAUACUAUGAAUGGCUUGAUUUUACUGAAAUGAUAUAGGAAGAUUUGAACUGAAGCAGAGCAUCAACAGCAGUCAAGCUAUUUCUGAAGAAAUACAAUUCUCAGUGUCAGCAAUGGAAAAUCUCAUAGGGAGUACUACUCGAGGUCCUACAAAUACAGAAGCCUAUGGAACUGAGGGCCAGCUGUCAAGGAAAACAACGUGUCCUGCACCGAAGAAAUCUUCUGAGAAAACAGCUGUCAGAAGACUGUCAGUGGCUCUCGAGGAGGUUAUCACUGGGGAGAGAGGCCCAGCAUCCAGUGAACUUAGUCUCAGAUCAAAAGUUAAUACACAGCAGAAGAUUCCAAAGGUACCUAGACUCCCCACAUCCAGGAAAAACUCCAAAGAUAAUUCAGACUUAAUUAAACACCACAAAGUCGUCCCACAAAAGAAACCUUGUAAGUGCAAUGAAUGCAGGAAAGCCUUUAAUUACCAAUCAGAACUUUUUAUCCACAGUAGAAUUCAUGGUGGAGAAAAACCUUUUGAAUGCAAGCAAUGUGGCAAAACUUUUAGCCGAAGUACACACCUGAUUGAACAUCAAAGAACUCACACUGGAGAGAAACCUUAUGAAUGCAGUGAGUGUGGGAAAGCUUUCAGCCGGAGCACCCACCUUGGUCUACAUCAGAGGAUCCACACUGGAGAAAAGCCGUAUGAAUGUAGUAAAUGUGGAAAAACCUUCAGCCGAAGCACUAACCUCAGUCAACAUCAGCGAACUCACACUCAAGAAAAACCUUACAAAUGUAAAGAAUGUGGGAAAGCCUUCAGCGACCGUUCAACAAUAAUUCAGCAUGAACGAAUACAUACAGGAGAGAACCCCUAUGAGUGCAGUGAAUGUGGAAAAACUUUCAGCUGGGUCUCAUCCCUCACUGAACAUCAGAGAACACACACUGGAGAGAAACCCUAUGAGUGCAGGGACUGUGGGAAGGUGUUCAGUCGAGGCUCAUCCCUCACUGAACAUCAGAGAGUCCACACUGGAGAAAAGCCGCAUGCAUGCAGAGAGUGUGGAAAGGGCUUCGGUCGGAGCUCUUCCCUUGCUAUUCACCAGAGAACUCACACCGGAGAGAAGCCUUACAAGUGUAAUGACUGUGGGAAAGCCUUCAGUCAGAGCUCAACACUCAUCAGACAUCAGCAGCUCCACACCAAAGAGUGACCUCUGAGCUUGUGUGAAUGUUAGUGCACAAGUACUUUGCAUAACUUCCUGCAGCUGAAAAGAAAAAUAAAUAUGUGUUUGGAUUUUCCUUUCCCAGUUUAGCUAGUGAUAAGCCAGUUUCAAGCCAGCCUUCCUUUCUUUUUGUAAACUAAAUGCUGAAAUGAGUGAUCCAUACAAUAAGGAGAUGACUUCAACACCUAACAUCAAUCUAAUAAUAUUCUGGAGGGCUCCAUCUUAGAGUGUACAGCUACCUGCCACCUUGCAUUUCCAUACCUUGUCUCUUCAUUCCAUGGGGCUUGGGUCCCUGGGCAGCCAGUGAACCCUGUUUUCCAUCCACAUCAGCCCCUUCUCUUCACAUCACUCAGUGAGGAAAUCCUGUGUAUGUAUGUUCAUGGUUUCUGGUGCCAGUUGCAGAAGAGGAGGAGCUGGCUUCAGAUCGAGACAAAAAACUUCCCACCAGUUUGGGGGUUACAGUGUUGAGGCAAGCGCAGUAUCUGCACUAAUAAGGGCAGAUUUUUCUCUUCCUCAUCUGUUUUUGCUGUAGCAUAUUUUUCUCAAGGUACAACCCAUAGUUCUCCUAAUGUGCCUGAUUAAUCCGUGUUAUUUUAUCUGAUCCUUUCCAAGACUGUCCUAAAACUUUCUUUACAGACAUUUCAUUCCUCAGUUAUUUGAAAAACCAUUGCUGCCCCAGUUUUUAAGCUUUUGUUUACAGACUUCAUGAAACUGAUUCCCUCUGGCUCUGGCUCUCACCAACCUUGUACAGCUAAGGACAAACUUAGUGCUUAUUUGUCCAUUUUUUUCCUACUUGACAUUUGUAGAAUUGGCACUUUUGGCCAUUCUUAUGCCUUAAAAGUUGAGCUUCUGGGACUCCUGAUUCUGUCCUGAUCCACACUUUCCCUACCUCCUAGCAUUUGUCUGAUUAACAAUGAUUAGCUCAUGACUUUGGGCAAGAGUUGUGCCGGAAUAAUCUCAUUUUAGCAGUCUAUAAUAUGAGGUUAUUCAAUUGGAUUGUAAGCUUCUCAAAGACAGAAGUCUUGUUUGAGACCCCUAUAAAACAGCGAUUUUCAACUGGUGUGCUGCAAGGAGUUUUAAAACACGCAAUAAUACCUGAUUAUUUAGUCAGGGGUAGUGUCUUUUUUUCCCUUAGAUUGUCAAAUAAAGAAAUGACAAUGACCAACACUAGAGAGCCAUUGUGAAUGAAUAACAAUUAUACCUUUUCUUUUUUUUUUAAUUGGCAAAAAUGUUUUUGGGAUGCGACAGAAUUUUAGUAAUUUAUGUGUACAAAGAUCUCUGACACUUUCGGUCCGUCGCCUUCUCAGAAAUCCUUGUCAGUGGCAGUUUGCAUUAUUCUGAGUUGCACUCUGAUGUUUGAUUCUUUCAGGUGCCUUUUCCCAUGAUUUUUUUGAAGUUAGAAUGCGUUCAAUUUCGUAGCGGUGGCACGGAACACAGAAUACACCGCAGGCCUGGGCUCUGGUUUUAUACAAACCAGGAGGGUUUCAUUUAACAGCGAAGCCUCCUUAGUCUGUAGAAUGGCGCGAGACCCUCCUCCACGUGUUGGUCCUUUCUCUCCUACCCGACUG